AUGCCAUCAAACUCUCCCCAUCAUGCAAUCGUCUACGGCGCAUCGGGCUUAAUCGGCUGGGCGCUAAUAAACCAGCUUCUAGGCCCAUAUCCUGCCGCUGGUACAUUUCAGAAGGUCACAGCUGUGACAAACAGACCCCUCGAUCCUUCGGAGACAUACUGGCCAGAGGCAGGUCCUAAUCGGCCCCAGCUGCAAUUGGCUUCGGGCGUUGAUCUUCGCAGCUGGGAUCCGGAUAGACUGGUGGAGUGGCUAAGGGAGGUUGUUGAGGAUAGUAAGGGCGUGACUCAUGUCUAUUACUUGGCCUUCGCUGCCAUGGACGACGACUUGGAAGAAGUAGCGACAAAUCGGCGUAUGCUGCAGAAUGUCAUUGAUGCGCAUAACUUGAUCAGUCCGGAUUUACAGUUCGUUACAUUUGUGGGUGGAACUAGGGGAUACGGCAUCUAUUCCGCCGGCGGAACGUUCACUCCACCUCUACGCGAAGAAUUGGUGAACAGCCUUCCAUCAGACUAUGCCAAGACAGUGGUCUAUCCAGUAUAUCGCGAGAUCCUCCGUACAUCCAGUCAAGGAAGUAAAUGGACCUGGUGCGAAGUGUGUCCGGACGCAAUUGUUGGGUUCACACCAAAUGGAUCACAAUUCAGUUUGGCAUUGCACUGGGCACAGUAUCUAUCCCUAUAUGCCUACAACCAUGGCAUUGGACCACAUACUCAGGGAAAAGAGGAAACCGCCAAGGCAUCUGUGGAGGUCCCCUUCCCCGGAUCCACGGCUGGUGCUACGUCACUAUUCAGCCCCGUAUCUAGCAAUCGACUGGCGCGCUUCAUGAUUUUCGCGUCGUUACAUCCAGAGAUAUGCGGGUAUGGUCGGUUGUUCAAUGUCGCUGACCGAGCGACACCGUGUACAUACGGAUCGCUCUGGCCACGGUUGGCGGAAUGGUUUGGUCUUGUGGGCGUGUCACCUAUUGAAUCUGCUCCUGAGACGAAACAUAAUACGUUGAAAGUUGGGCAAGUCCCUGAGCGGGCUUCAACCCUCGCACCUGGGGAGUAUAUAACUAAACAUCGGGACAUCUUUACCAAAAAUGGGUGUCCGAGAGCCGUUACUGGCGGGGUCGGAGUGGGGUAUCGCCAGCUGGAUAGUGUCGGGUAUUGGUUGACUUUCGAUCGGCAGUUGAGUGUGGAAAGGCUUCAGGAGACUGGCUUCGAGGGGGAUCAGGAUCCGGUAGAGGGCUGGUUGGAGAGUUUUGCGAUGUUUCGAAGAGCGGGGUUGAUUUUGUGA